CUUCAGUUGACAAGUGACAACACUCGUCGCUUUCCGGCAGCGAGUUUUCAUGGUCUGUUGUCUGUUGUCACAUCGCUAAGCGAAAAGUCUGUAGUUCGCACUCUGGAUUAUUCUAGGACGUAAUAUGUCAGUCAGCGUGUUGUGCAUCUCCGAAAGUGCUUUGAGUAUGUGAAUAAAUAAGUUUCAACGUGCUUCAUAACACAAGUUACGUGUAUUUUUGAAAUGGGUUUCUACAUUUCUCUGGAACCCAAACUGAUCUUCCUUGACGUCAGUUUCUACUAGUCUGCUUCAUGUUGCAGAUAAAGAUGCCACGUCUAGAGAAAACCAACCUGACGAAGGAGCAGAACAAUGUCGAGUGCCUGGGGUUGACUAAUCUCGGUUUUGAUAAUCAUAGGGAAUGGUCCGUUUCCCGGCCACCUGGACAACCUAAUGGCGACAGUGCCAUGCACGAUGUGGAAUUGGGCUCACCGAGUGAUGACUCAAGCAGCCGAGAUGGAGUGUUCACAAUAACUGGACAUCCGAACAACAUCUCCAAAGAGCAACCACAUGCCAAGACCGAUGCAGCUGAGCACCAGGAGUACAAUCCUCAUGACCAUCGAAAGCUUGAUGCUCCUACGACGAAUAUGGAGACCCUUGUGCACAUCUUAAAAGGCAGUCUCGGUACAGGCAUCUUGGCCAUGCCAAUGGCCUUCCACAAUGCUGGACUCAUUGUCGGGACUAUAGGAACUGUGAUUGUUGGCGUAAUCUGCACAUACUGUUUGCAUGUAUUAAUUAGGACACAGUACCAGAUGUGCCGACAACGAAAGGUGCCUCUACUGAGUUACACUAAGACAAUGAAGCUUGCUCUUGAGGAGGGUCCGCCAUUCCUCCGGAAGACUGCUCCUUAUGCAGGGUUUGCUGUAAACUUCUUUUUGGCAACAUAUCAGCUAGGCAUAUGUUGUGUCUAUAUUGUAUUUGUGGCAUCCAAUAUCAAGCAGGUUGUUGAUCUCUACUUUGAAGAGAUAAGUGUGAGGUUAUACAUGCUAAUGCUUCUGUUGCCUCUUAUCCUGAUGAACUGGGUCAGGAAUCUCAAGCUGCUAGCCCCAUUUUCCACACUUGCUAAUGUUGUAACAUUCGUGGGACUUGGAAUUGUUUUAUAUUUCUUAUUUGAUGACAUUCCAAAUCCAGCGACAAGAAAUUAUGUUGGAGAGCUUCGGAAUUUUCCACUUUUUAUUGGCACCACAUUGUUUGCACUUGAGGCUGUUGGUGUGAUAAUUGCUGUUGAAGGCAACAUGAAGAACCCUGUUGCAUUUGGUGGAUACACCGGUGUCCUGAACAGAGGCAUGGCUGUUGUUGUUGCCUUAUACGUCAUUGUUGGUUUUGUAGGAUAUGUUAAAUAUGGUGAAAACAUUUUGGGCAGCGUAACGCUUAAUCUAGAUACCCACAGCAAGCUUGCACAAAGCGUAAAAAUCAUGUUUGCAUUCGCCAUAUUCAUCACUUAUGCUCUACAGUGUUAUGUGCCAUUAGAGAUUCUGUGGUAUAAAGGGCUAAAACGACGCUUUGAGAAGUGUUCAAAGAAAAAGCAACUAUUUUAUGAAUAUGUUGUUCGAACAGCGAUUGUAAUUGCAACAUUUCUCCUGGCAGUGGCAAUACCUCGACUGGAAUUAUUUAUUUCACUAUUUGGAGCCUUGUGUCUAGCAGCAGUUGGCAUUGUUUUCCCACCAUUGGUUGAGAUCUGCUAUUUGUGGCCCAUCGGUUAUGGUUUCUGCAGAUGGAUCCUCAUUAAAAACAUACUCCUUAUGAUCUUUGGCACUUUGGGACUUGUCAUUGGUACCUACACAAGUCUCAAUGACAUUAUCGUUUCCAUGCUGUGACAUGUGAUGCUAUUGAUAUAUACAGACAGUGUGGUUCACUUGUGAGAUUUUUUCAGUAAUACUGCUAUACAGAGAGCAGAGCAUGUCGAAGGAUGUGUACCUUCUGCAAGUUACUGAAGAACAGCUGUGUUAUUGAGAAUAUGUUCUCCUGGCGUGCAAAUAGAUUGUACUAUUACAAAAGAACAUCACUGCUGAAGUUUCGUCAUGGGAUAAUAUUUUUACAAGGUGGAGGAAAUUGCUGUUAUAAACACUCAUGCGAGAAUUUUUACUUGUAUUGUACAUACCACCUUACUUAUUUUGCAGUUCACAUAGUUAAACCGCAUAGAGACUAUUUACCAGUUUAACAAUGAUAACUGGUGCUGCAUGUCAGGAAAGAGCACAUUGAUUACUGCCUGAACACAGUGUGCAUUGCUAUUCUUUUGUUACUACUAGGGAUUACGUUGUAAUCAUGUGAAACGUUAUUGAUCUGUACAGAUCGUAUUAUGAGUAAGGCAAGGAGAUCUAUGUAUAUACUAUGCCUACCAUGGCAUUAAAUGAAUUAUGUGCUUUAAUAAAGCUAUGCAUAAUAUAGUACAAAAGAUAAGAAACUGUGAUUUUGACCAGUGGAAAACACUUUUCUUUUUUCCUAAGUGAAGCUAACAGUUGUUAAAACAUUCCCACACCUGAGAAACUAAAGUUAUUUUAUUAGGCAAUUUUCUUGUAAAAAAUAAUAGUGAAUAUAUGCUAAAAUUAAAAUGAACAACUAUGGUAAAUAAUUAUUUUUCACUUCUAUUUCCAUUUCAUCAACUAAAAUGUUGAUGCUGUGCUGUAGUGCACAUUUGUCUCAAUUUGUUUCUGGUUUCGAAUGGCAAUAAAGUCACUGUUGAUAUGUAAGUAUUAAGUUAUAGGAUGAAGUUACAGGGUUAAUAUUUAUCUCAAUGUCAUUUGCUUACAACUAAAUUUGACAAAUUACGGCCAUCUAUAAUUGUAACACUGUUUUCCAUUGAUGCAGGAACUUUUAAAACUCAGUUUUAGUUCUUUUCCAAUACACAAAGACAAAUGAAUUUCCAAAUUUUUAAAUAUGAAAAUUGUGGGUGAUCUCAGUUUUUUUAGUAAAUAUACUUUUGUGAGUUAUCAGUAAGGUCCUUUUAAACCAACAUAAAUGCAAAAGUGGUAUAAUACAUAAUUAAUUUACAGUCAGAAGCUGUUGAAAUCUAAUACUCACAUGUCAUAACUUCUUAAGAUAUUUUUUAUUACCAUUGUAUAAUGAACAUGUAACUGAAAACAGAUUGAAUGAAUGUGGAAGUGUAAGGUCAUAUUUACAAAAACUUUAAUUCAAAUGUAACUCAAGUUAUCUCGAUUUUCAAACACCAUGGUUUCCCUAACCAAACUGGGUAGAUGUCAUGAUGGUUCAUCCACUAUGACCAUUUCUAGAUUCAUUUAAACUUUAAAUAGAAAGCUUUUGAGCAUUUGACCACAACAUUCUGUAAAACUACAAUGUUAUUAUAAAAAAAGUCCAUGCUUUGGUAGACUUGCAAUGAUUCUCUCCAUCAACCUGAAGAAGAUAGAAUUCAGUUGAAUUACUAGCUUUUGUUUUGUAAUGCUGAAUGAACCAUGGAAUCUCUAGGUUGUAAUAUCAGUAAUGUAAGGAAAAGAUAGAUUGCUACUUACCAUAAACAUGACAUAUAAGUUGCAGACAGCCACAACGAAAAGACAUUUACACAUUAGCUUUUGACCAAAGCCUUCGUCAGAAAAGGAGACAAACACACAUUAUUCACACAAACAAUCACACAGGACUCCAAUCUCUGGUAGCUGCUUUCCCUGUCUCUGUGGUCAUUUUGUGAAAAAUAUGUGGGAGGAAGUAAUAUGUUGCCUGGCUCUUCGCUCUUGCAAUUUCAGUAAUAAACCUCUUUAUGAUGCACAAUGCUUCUGUGGUAGCAUCUGCCACUGGAGUCUGAGCAUUUCCAUAAUACUGUCAUCCUGACUAUAUGAUCCUCUAACACUCUGUUGUAUCUUGUCUAUCUCUUCUAUUAAUCCAAUGUGGUAAGUGUCCAAUAUUAGUGAGCAAUACUCAAGAUUCAGUCAAACAAGUGUUUCAUGAACCACUUGUUUGUGGAUGAAUUACACUUCCUUAAGGUUCUUCCUAUUAGUAUCAGCCUGACCUCCACUUUCUCUACAAUUUGUUUUCUUUGGUCACUCCAGUUUAGAUCACUCCAGAUAAAUACUCCAGGUAUUUUAUGGUUGUUACUAUUUCCAGCAAUAGUGUAAUAGAAGAUUAACAGAUUUUCUCACCUAUUUGUGGGUAAUAUGUUACAUUUAUUUACAUUCAAGUCAACUACAAGUCCCUGCACCAAUUAUUAAGUGACCUAGGUCUUCCUCCAAUUUACUACGGUUCCCUGGCAUUGUCUUCUUGUAGACAACUGCGUCAUCACAAACAACCUCCUGGGGGUUCCAAUGUAAGCCACUUAUAGACAACUGUGUCAUCACAAACAACCUUCCUGGGGGUUCCAAUGUAAGCCACUAGAUCAUUUAUAUUUAUUGUGAAGUCCUACCACAUUUCCUUGGGGUACUCCUGAAAUUACUUUUACAUCUGCCACCACCUUUGUUCCAUCACAAGUGUCAUGUUGAGUCCCAACUCUAAGGAAUUCUUGAAUACAGUCACAAACACGAUACAGUACUUGGUAAACUCAUAUUUUGUUCACUAAAUGGCAAUAUGGAACAGUAUCUAUAUCUUUCUGAAAUCAAAGGACAAAGCUUCAAACCAGGUGCCAGUGUCUACAGUGCUCUGGAUCUUGUGGAUCAAAAGAAUGAGCUGUGUUCCACAAGCUCUCUCUUUGUGUAAUCUAUGUUGAACUUUGUAAGGAAUAUUUUCAUUCUCCAAACUAUUAUAACACAUGAGCAUAUAACACGCUCCAUAAUUCUACAACAGAUUGAGGUAAGUUGUAUAGGUCUAUAACUAAUGCAUCUGUCCCAUGAUUCUUCUCAAAAAUGGAAAUGACCAGUCCUGUUCUCCAUUUGUUAGGAAGCAUUUGUUGCUCCAAUGACCUACGAUGAACUACUAGUCGAAGGAGAACAUGCUAUUUCACAUAAUCUCGGUAGAAUGUACAGGUAUCUCAUCAGAUUCACAUGCAUUUCCAAUAUUAAAGAACUAAAAUUGCUUUUCUAUUCCACGAUUACUUAUAUCUAUAUCUACUGUUUCGGUGUUCAGGCAGGAAUUGAAAGGAAGAAUUGUAUUACUACCUUCCGUAGUUAAAUAGUUUUGGAAGUUUCAAUUCAUUGCCUUAGUUCCCACUCCUUGGUACGACCUUUAAAAAUAAAUCUAAAUUGAGUGUAAAUAUUGUUUACAUCUCUGGUGGGCACUUGGACCUUGAGUCAACCCUGCUUAAAAUCAGGAACUUCCCUAUCAAGCAAACAUGAUCAAUUACAGUGACAAAUACCACUAAGAACUUAAUUAAAACUAAUUAUUUUUUAUUUUGCUUCAGAUAACUUUUGAAGCUUGUUGGAGACCCCAACAGAAUUGUAGCUGAAAGUCACAGUACUGAUUCUUAGCUUUCGAUUGUUGAUUUGAUGACGAUCUCUUUCCUGCAUUUAAAGAAAUACAGGCCUGCAAUUUUUAUUGGCAUAUAGGAUCUCCUUUGAGUGCUUUAUUGAAUGAUGAAUGCAGUUUUCAUGAAUAAUAACAUUUCAAUUUGACUGAGCAAUGUUUCUUCAUUAUAGAUGGAACACAAACACACACAAAAAAAAAACUGUAAGAACUGAAAAGAGCUGAAGAAAGCAGAACUGUGGUAGAUAGUACAGCCUUAUAUAUGAUAUUUAUAACAAUGAAGUUAUUUCAUGACACUGUUUCAAUUCAUAUCUCAUUAGUCUUGUAAUUAAAAGUUAUCAUGCAACAAAACCUUGAGUACAACAUUGCGUUCUACAAAGGAAGAAAAACAUUUCAUGUAACCAAAGUUUUGUAGAAAUUUAUUUAUACACUUUUCAAUAAAUGUGGUGUUUUAAACUGUUAUUUGUAACUGAUAUUAAAGUUUGUACUAAUUACAAAAUUAUUUCUGGAAGAUCUCAUGUAGUAACUAUACAAUUCCAGUUGGCUAAUUUCUUAUUACAUUAUGGAAUAUACUAUGAAACACAAUUAACAUUAUGUAGGUUUGGAAACAUUAAAUGUGCAUGACUUUAGCUGUGCUGUGACAUCAAAAUAGUUAUACUUUUAAGUUUAAUGAAAUUUUGUACAUAUAAUAUUAAAUAACCUAUGACAAAAUGG